UACUCCAAAAGCACAAACAAGGCCGAUGGAUUAUGCGCUUUGCGCCACCUAUGGCUAUGGACACCUACCUAUGAAACCUCUUUGCUUCCCUUCAACCCUCAGAACUACUACCAAACUUGAGUUCAACUUGAGCCAUUCUUCUCAUUUGCUUUACAGUGGAUUUACAAAACAUCUUCCGGCUACAAAGCCGGUCAUGAGUCCUGUAAUUCGUGCUGUCGAUAAAUCUGCAAGUCCUUCCUCAGAUGGCAAGCGCGGUGGCAAAAUUCUUAGAGGAGUCGUUGGGGCGUCCUUGGUUUUGGCUUGUGCUAUUGGAGUGUUCAGUUGCAGUUGUAACUUGAAGCCUAAGGCCAUUGCGGGUCCUCCAACCAUAACUUCAAAAAAACCAUCAACGGAACCUACAACACAAGUUUUAGGGGCGAAAUAUGCACUAAACUCAUUCUUGGAAGUCACCAAAAUCUUGACUUCAGAUGAAGUUCAGCCAUUGACGGAAUCUACCAAUUUGCCUCGCAAGCCUUCAACAGCAGAUAUUUGGGCCGCUAAGACUGACGCAGUGAGGAUAAUAAAAUCUGGAAACACUAGCAAAGCAAUGGCCUCGUUGAUAAAGGCAUAUAAGGACUGCGAAGGUCAGCCUGAGCAACAAUAUGAGGUGGAUAUGGCAAUAGCAGAAAUUCUCCUCAGUCAGGGCAAGUACGAGGAAGCCUUGGAAAGGAACUGCUUAAAAUCUGAGGUUCCAGUUUCGAAAUCCGAUACUCGGUUCUAUCUUUACAAGGCUCUCGUACAUACAAUGCUGGAUAAUAAGGAAGCAAAGAAAUGGUGGAAGAUGUAUAUUGACACUGUUGGGAAAGGACUUGACCUCCCUCCCAGACCAAUGUGAUUAGUGAUUCAAUUAUUGUAAUACCCAUUUUUUAAGCAUGAUUAACAUAAGCAUAUACCAGGCAGGUAUGAGUC